CGGGGCCGACAGGGCUCCGUGAGGGACAGGGGCCGGGACCGGGAGCUCCGUGAGAGACUGGGGGAGCGCGGGCUCAUUGAGGGAUCGGGGCUACGCCGGGGCUCCCUGCAGCAUGGCAGAAGCCUCCGUCUCUCCGCUGAAGCAUUUUGUGCUGGCCAAAAAGACCAUCACUGCCAUCUUCGACCAGCUGCUGGAGUACGUCACUGAGGGAGCAGCGUUUGUGGAAGCCACAUAUAAGAACCCAGAACUUGAUCAUAUAGCAACAGAAGAUGAACUUGCAAAAAUACAAGCAUAUAAAAACAAGUUGGCAGUCAUUGGAGAGGUGCUCUCACGGAGACACAUGAAAGUGGCAUUUUUUGGCAGAACAAGCAGUGGGAAAAGUUCAGUCAUUAAUGCAAUGCUGUGGGACAAAGUGCUUCCCAGUGGGAUUGGCCAUACAACAAACUGCUUCCUCAGUGUGGAAGGGACUGAUGGAGAUAAGGCUUAUCUUAUGACAGAAGGAUCAGAUGAAAAGAAGAGUGUCAAGACAGUCAAUCAGCUGGCUCAUGCACUUCACAUGGAUAAAGAUUUGAAGGCUGGCUGUCUCGUCCAUGUCUUUUGGCCCAAGUCAAAGUGUGCCCUGCUGAGAGAUGAUUUGGUUAUAGUGGACAGCCCUGGCACAGAUGUCACUACAGAACUGGACAGCUGGAUUGACAAGUUCUGCUUAGAUGCUGAUGUGUUUGUCUUGGUUGCCAAUUCUGAAUCAACUCUCAUGAACACGGAGAAACAUUUUUUCCAUAAAGUGAAUGAACGACUUUCCAAGCCAAACAUCUUCAUCCUCAAUAAUAGAUGGGAUGCCUCUGCAUCAGAACCAGAAUACAUGGAAGAUGUGCGUAGGCAGCACAUGGAGCGCUGUCUGACUUUCCUGGUUGAUGAGCUCAAAGUUAUUGAUCCUGUAGAAGCAAGGAAUCGCAUCUUUUUUGUUUCAGCAAAAGAAGUUCUGAGUGCCAGGAGACAAAAGGCCCAAGGAAUGCCAGAGGAUGGUGGAGCACUUGCUGAAGGAUUUCAAACAAGAUUCCAGGAAUUUCAACAUUUUGAGCAGAUAUUUGAGGAGUGUAUCUCGCAGUCAGCCGUGAAAACCAAGUUUGAACAGCACACUAUCAGAGCUAAACAGAUAAUAGAUACUGUGAAAAACAUUAUGGACAACAUAAACGUUGCAGCAGCAGAGAAAAGAGUCCAUUCCAUGGAAGAGCGAGAAGAUCAGAAGGACAGGCUGGACUUUGUUAGAAAUCAGCUGAACAUUUUGACAGAAGACACCAAGGAAAAAAUCAAACGCGUUACUGAGGAAGUGGAAAACAAAGUCUCCGCUGCCAUGACUGAUGAGAUUUGCCGGCUCUCAGUCUUAGUUGAUGAAUUUUAUUCUGAUUUUCACCCUUCUCCUCAAGUUUUGAAGCUCUAUAAGACAGAACUGAACAAACACAUAGAAGACGGUUUGGGAAAGAACCUGGCUGAACGCUGCUCCACUGAAGUCAACCAGUCAAUGCACCAGUCCCAGCAGGAGAUGAUUGAAAAUCUGAAACCAUUGUUGCCUUCUAGUGUUCAGGAUCAGCUCCACUUGCUAAUUCCAUGCAGGAAGUUUGAUCUUAGCUAUGAUCUAAACUGUCAUAGCCUGUGUGCAGAUUUUCAAGAGGAUAUAAUGUUCCACUUUUCUUUGGGAUGGACUUCUCUUGUAAACCGUUUCUUGGGUCCUAAACAAGCUCAGAAAGUACUUCUGGGAUUAGCAGAUCCAAACCUAAAUAUCCCUCGUCCUUUAGCCAGCACCCCGUCUGCUGCCAGCCUUCCUGCCAUAACUCCCGAGAGCGUGCCCCAGGAUGAGUUCAUGGUUCCUUUGGUGUUGAGUUUAGCCUCGCUGACAUCCCGGACCUCCAUGAGCAUCAUCGUUGUUGGUGGAGUGAUCUGGAAAACCAUAGGCUGGAAAGUGAUCUCCUUGUCCCUGAGCAUGUACGGGCUGCUGUACCUGUAUGAGAGGCUGACCUGGACCACGCGGGCCAAGGAGAGAGCCUUCAAGCAGCAGUUUGUGAACUACGCCACCGAGAAGCUGCAGAUGAUCGUCAGCCUCACCAGCGCCAACUGCAGCCACCAGGUGCAGCAGGAAAUGGCCACUACUUUUGCUCGGCUCUGUCAGCAGGUGGAUAUUACUGAGAAAAACCUGGAAAAAGAAAUAGCUAGGCUUUCCAAAGAAAUAGAUCAGCUGGAGAACAUACAAAGCAUCUCCAAGCAGCUGAGAAAUAAAGCCAUUCACCUUGAGAAUGAACUAGAUCGCUUCACAAAACACUUUCUUCAAAAGAGUAAAUAAAACAUCAUUGUGAACUUUCCCGGUGCUCCUUUGUCGGGCAAAGUAGAAAUUUUACAGGUGACACUUCUAUAAAAAUUAUUUAUAUUUUUAAUGUUACUGUGGUGACAGUUGUAAAACUUGGACUUUGAUGGUGAACCAAACGGAAGAGCUGUGGUACUCUUGAGUGUUAUGUUCGUUUUGCAGAUUUUGGGUUAAAAAUUACCUUUAAACACUAAAUUUUUUGGGCACUUGACAAUAAAACUCCAAAUUCUCACUGGUUUUCAUGAGUAUGUAGCAGUGGCAAGUCUCACUUCCCUGGCAUCCAGGACCUUACACAGGGAAAGAGCUUAGCCCAGUCUCCUGCUUUCAGCUGCUUAGGAAGCGUCCAGGUAUGGAGGGUGCUGGUUUUCCACGUGGGUGUGAAUUUGUUUAGUGAAAUACAAAACUCUGGCAUGGGAAAAGACUCCUGACAUGUUUGGAAAGCAGGUGCCAGUGUGUUGAGUAGCAGUUCCUCUUGAAAGGGCAGCAGAGAUGAGGGUGAACUGCAGUAAGGCAAUGCAGUGGGCUCAAGGUUCCUCUGGCUACAUCCUUGAGCCAAGAAGGCACUGAUGACAUAAAAGUGAACCUGUUUCUUGCAGUUGGUAGAGCAGUGAAGUGGUGUUUUGCCUGUGAGCACAUGGCUAGAGCCAAGCACAGCAGGGUCUGGGCACAACUGGUUCAGGUUAGAAGGGGCUCAGGGUCCUGUUGCUGCAUUCAGGGAGCAGGACAUGGUGAAACUCCCUGCCCCCCCUCUGCUGUAGGACAGGUCUCCUCUAGGUCAGACUCCAGGCAGCUGUGCUGGAGUCCUUGACCUUUGCUCGCCUCCAGCAAAACCUCUUUAAAAGCCUUCUGCUGUUGCUGCCUGCAGUCAUUCAGCAUCUACUUUUUUCUAACUAGACUUUUUACAAUUAUUUUAAGAGAGGCCUUUCCAGAGUAUAUAUUUUUAUGGCAGUGUUAAUACUGACUGAGUUAAAGAUGGAGCUCUAAGGUAUAGGAGUUUGCUAUUUUCAAGUAAUUAAGGGCUGUCUCAUCAGGGAAUAGAUGUAAGAUGCAAUGCUAGAGAUGUUAAGGGAAGACAGCAGUUCCACCAGUGUGCUCAGGUGUUUCUUCUAACUGUUGGUUUGAGGGAAAGUGUGGCACUGACCCCUGAGAAACAGCCCAGCCUUGGUGUUGGUGAGGGCACAGCUGCAAAUCAGUGCUCUGUUUGUGGAGCAUUUUUAUUGAUAAUGUAUCAAGAUAAAACUUUCAAUGCAUGUGUUUUACAGUUAUUUAUUAAAAAACGUCUACCCCUUUG